GAAUAAACCAGGAAAACGAUGGGAAAAGAAAGCGACCACGGAGCUCCGGUGACGGUAACGGCGAGGGCGAGGGCGACGGCGGCCACUGGAGCUCCGGGUAGUAAUCUUGCUGCUGGGUUCAAGCUUGUUGGGUUCAAAAACUUUGUCCGAACCAAUCCAAGAUCCGAUCGAUUCAAGGUAAAGCGUUUUCACCAUGUCGAGUUCUGGUGCUCCGACGCCACCAACACUGCUCGCCGCUUCUCGUGGGGUCUCGGCAUGCCUCUUAUAGCGAAAUCCGACCUUUCCACCGGCAACCUUACUCACGCUUCCUAUCUCAUCCGUUCUGGCGACCUCUCCUUCCUCUUUUCUGCUCCUUACUCUCCGUGCAUUGCCGCCGCCGAGCACCUGGAACCAAACUCCACCGCCUCUAUGCCCUCGUUCGAUCGUGAAUCCUGCCUCGCCUUUGUCGCAUCCCAUGGCCUGGCAGUUCGGGCCAUUGCAGUUGAAGUCGAGAAUGCAGAAAUUGCAUUUCACACAAGCGUCGCCCAUGGCGCCAAGCCAUCGGCCUCCCCUGUUCUCCUUGAUAACCGAGUGAUUCUCGCCGAAGUUCUCCUCUACGGCGACGUCGUGUUGCGAUAUGUCAGCUACAACGACCCGUCUCAAGUAUCCGACCCGAACCCUAAUAAUUGGUUCUUGCCCAAAUUUGAACCUGUGGAGGAGCUCUCGUCCUAUCCGCUGUUGGAUUACGGGAUUAGGCGCCUCGAUCAUGCGGUGGGUAACGUGCCGGAGCUGGCUCCAGCUGUGAAUUAUGUGAAAUCAUUCACUGGUUUUCACGAGUUUGCUGAGUUCACGGCGGAGGACGUGGGUACGAAUGAGAGUGGCUUGAACUCGAUGGUUUUAGCGAACAAUGACGAAAUGGUUUUGCUGCCUUUGAAUGAACCAGUGUUCGGGACAAAGCGGAAGAGUCAAAUACAGACAUAUUUGGAGCACAACGAAGGAGCAGGGCUCCAGCAUCUAGCGCUUGUGAGUGAAGACAUAUUCAGGACUUUGAGAGAAAUGAGGCAGAGAAGUUUCGUAGGUGGCUUCGAGUUCAUGCCUUCCCCACCUUCGACGUAUUACAAGAAUCUGAAGAAUCGAGCGGGGGAUGUGUUGACUGAUGAGCAGAUUAAGCAGUGUGAGGAGCUGGGGAUUCUGGUAGAUAGAGAUGAUCAAGGAACUUUGCUUCAAAUUUUCACUAAGCCUGUUGGAGAUAGGCCAACCAUGUUUAUAGAGAUAAUUCAGAGAGUUGGGUGCAUGCUCAAGGAUGAGGAAGGAAGGGUAUAUCAAAAGGGUGGAUGCGGAGGCUUUGGGAAAGGAAACUUCUCUGAGCUGUUCAAGUCCAUCGAAGAAUAUGAAAAGACGCUUGAGCUUAAAAGACUAGCAGAACCAGAACAAACCAUUGCUUGAAAGUACGUAUGGAUCUGGGGAUGAAGUAUUUCUUGAAGCUGUAAUCACCCUGUUACUGUAUAGACACUGGCUGAAACAAGAAUAUAUACUGUAUGAGCACUGUCUUCACCUAUAGAAAUGAUGGAAUAUGGAUAUACGAUAUUCUGUGUUGAUAAACAAUUGUUGUAUUUCUUACUAUGUUUGUCAAGAUAGAAGAACUGCCCACCUUAUCAUGUCUAUAGAUAAUGCACUUUGGACUUGUGAUAAGAGAGAUGGGAAAAUAAAUUAAUCUGAUGUGCUACUUAAUUAGCAUUAGUCUGCAGGUUUCCGCAAGCAACAUAUAAACAGAAUUUUUGAUGUCGUCUAUGCUUUUUGCUUUUGGAGUA